AUGUUGUCUAGAGUUUUGAAAACCAGAGGCUCACUUCAAGUAGCCAAAAAAUCAUUCAACUUACAAGCCAUUAGAUCAAAAACUGUCAUUUCAUUAUCAUCCACCCUUACAUCUUACCCCAAGGAUCACACUGAAAAGGGAGCUGAACCAUACUUGACUCCAAGUUUUCUCAAUAACGAAUUUAUCAAAUCCGAAUCCAAAGAAUGGUUUGAUAUCCAUGAUCCAGCCACCAACAAUGUUGUUGCUAGAGUUCCACAAUCAACUGAAAGUGAAUUAGAUGAAGCUAUCGCCAGUGCUCACAAGGCAUUCCCAGGAUGGAGAGACACUAGUAUUAUCAAGAGACAAGGUAUCGCUUUUAAAUUUGCUGCUUUGUUGAGAGAAAACAUGGACCGUUUGGCCGGUAUGAUUGUUUUGGAACAAGGUAAAACAUUUGCCGAUGCUCAAGGUGAUGUUCUCAGAGGUUUGCAAGUAGCAGAACAAGCCUGUAACAUUACGAAUGAUUUGAAGGGAGAAACUUUGGAAGUUAGUACUGAUAUGGAGACGAAAAUGAUUAGAGAGCCAUUGGGUGUUAUUGGAUCCAUUUGUCCAUUUAAUUUCCCAGCUAUGGUUCCAUUGUGGUCAUUGCCAUUGGUUUUGGCUACUGGUAACACCGCUGUUAUCAAGCCAUCAGAAAGAGUCCCAGGUGCUGCUAUGGUUAUUUGUGAGUUGGCUGCCAAAGCUGGUGUUCCUCCAGGAGUUAUCAAUAUUGUACAUGGUAAACAUGCUACUGUCAACAAAUUGAUUGAAGACCCAAGAGUCAAGGCGUUGACAUUUGUCGGUGGUGACAAAGCUGGUAAAUACAUUUACGAAAAGGGUUCAGCAUUGGGUAAAAGAGUUCAAGCCAACUUGGGUGCCAAGAACCACUUGGUUGUUUUGCCUGAUGCCCCAAAACAACAAUUUAUUAAUGCUUUGAAUGGUGCUGCUUUUGGUGCUGCUGGUCAAAGAUGUAUGGCUAUUAGUGUUUUGGUUACCGUUGGUAAAACUAGGGAAUGGAUUCAAGAUAUCGUCAAGGAUGCUAGCAAAUUGGUUACUGGUUCUGGGUUUGACCCAUCAUCUGAUUUGGGACCAUUAGUCAACCCAGAAUCAUUAAAGAAGGCAGAGGAAAUUAUUGAAGAUUCAGUCGCUAAUGGUGCCAAAUUAGAGUUGGAUGGAAGAGGAUACAGACCAAAAGAUUCCAAAUUUGCCAAUGGUAAUUUCUUAGCCCCAACCAUCUUGACCAAUAUCAGACCAGGCCUUAGAGCUUAUGAUGAAGAAAUUUUUGCUCCAGUUCUUUCUGUUGUUAAUGUUGACACCCUUGAUGAAGCUAUUGAAUUGAUUAAUGCUAACAAAUAUGGUAAUGGUGUUUCCAUCUUUACUUCAAAUGGUGGAUCAGCUCAAUAUUUCACCAAGAGAAUUGAUGUUGGACAAGUUGGUGUCAAUAUUCCAAUCCCAGUACCAUUGCCAAUGUUUUCAUUCACUGGAUCAAGAGGAUCAUUCCUUGGUGACUUGAAUUUCUAUGGUAAGGCUGGUGUUACUUUCUUGACUAAACCAAAGACCAUUACUGCUGCUUGGAAAGUAAACACUAUUGAUGAGGAAAUUUUGAAACCAUCCACUUCUAUGCCAAUUCAACAAUAA